AUGAAAGAUUUUUCUAUACAACUUGCUGAUAAAGGAUACGACGUUUGGCUAGGAAAUUUUCGUGGCACAUCUUAUGGACGUAGUCAUGUUGAAUUGUCUCCAGAUGACAAAAAAUUUUGGGACUAUAGCUUUUAUGAACAUGGAUAUUAUGAUGUUCCUGCAAGUAUUGAUUUUGUUCUUAAUAUUACUAAUCAAAAUUCAUUGAUAUAUAUUGGUAUGUCGAUGGGGACAACAAGCAUAUUUAUCACAUUAUCAGAACGUCCAGAAUAUAAUUUAAAAAUUCAACUAGUCAUUUGUCUCUGCCCAGUUGCUGAUUUUUCUAACCAACCACAUUUUGAGUUUUUUUGGGUUCCUAUUGGUAUUUCCAUUUUGGAUUCAAUACGUUUUACUUUGAAAUAUUAUCCUGCCGCUAAAGAUACUGAAGAAAUUAUAAAAAGAGUAUCAAGCAAAGUUAUCGCCGAACCAGUUCCUCACAAAGCAUUUAAUCAUUUGGAUUUUAUUAUUGCCAAAGAUAUUAAAAAAUUACUCAAUGACAGAAUAAUUGAGAGAAUAUAUCAAUUUGCAAAUAAAAAAAUUUUCUUUGAUGAUAAUAGAUUAAUCAAUACAAGUUUUAUUAAAUCACUUGAUUGA